UUCGUGAAACAGUCAAGGAAUAUGACUCAUGGGGAAUGAAUACUCUGCUAGCAAAUACAAGUCAGCCGUGACAGUACAGCUAAAUGACACAGGAAAGCCAACUAUUUUUCUGAAUGCUGGGAACAUGUUUCGCGGCAACAUCUGGUUCAACCUCCUUGGGCCCACUGUUUGGUCAGCUGUCCUUAAUGUCAUGCACUUCGAUGCCAUCACGCUUAACUAUAAAGAGUUCUACCGAGGGCCACCACCUCUGAAGCUGUUCUUCGACAAUCUUUCGAUUUCGGACGUGCCUGUCGUCUGCUGCAAUAUGGACUUUGCCCCUGAGUCACUGCUGACUAAUGUGACCAUUAAGAAGUCCUUGAUGAUACGACGGGGUGGUGUCAACAUCGGAAUCAUAGGGUAUUUUGAUCCGAGAGCGAGGAUCAGAGCAGCCCCUGGUCCCACAGUAAUUACAGACGACCCCGUGGAAUGCAUCAAGGAGCAAGUGAAGGAGCUCAGAGCACGUGGGUCUCAAAUUUUUAUCGCCUUCGGUGGUUACACCCUCGACUUGGACACAGAGAUUGCAAGAAGCAUCCCAGAGCUAUCUGUUGUCGUCACAGCAACAGAAUCUGUUCGCAUGUACCCAAAACGUUUGACGCCACCAGCUGGUGAGAAUGCCACUGACGACUACCCGAUGACGGUGACGCGAUCAGACGGAACUUUGUGUCUCAUGGUGGCGGUCUUUCCGUUCGGAAAAUACCUCGGUAACAUCACCGUCACCUAUGACAGACAAACCUGGAGGCCAAUCGCGUACGAAGGUCUACCUGCCAUAUUGAGCGGAGAGAGCUUUUUAUCCGGAACAGUCGCAGAUGUACUGAGACAAUGGGACAAGUAUGUCACGGAACAAAGUAGGCUAGUUGUAGGAACUACCAAAGUGCAGAUCAAGAACACCUUUAGCGAUUGCUCCUUGGGUCAGUGCAACGGUGGGACACUCUUAGCGGAGGCAGCAUUCGAUUACUUUUCGAACGAACAGGCCGAGGGCACGUGGAGCAUGAUCAAUGCAGCAGUCGUCAAUGCAGCUGCCACUCAUUCCGGCGUCGACGAACGCUUGCAUGGAGGUGAAAUUCAGAAGCAAGACCUAUACAAUUUAUAUCCCUUUGAAGACCAAUUUGUGCUCAUGACAAUGCAAGGAAAUACCGUUUUCAAAAUGAUGCAGCAUUCCGUCGAUGAAACCGGCUACGGAGGGCAGUUCCUGCAGAUGUCAGGAUUGCGGGUGGUGUACGCGGGCAGAAGGGUAGAAGACCUACGUAUCGUCUGUACAUCCUGUCGCACAGUAAAAUUUGAGAAAGUAUUUCGACUGCAAUGGUACACCAUAGCAAUGCCUCAGUAUAUCGCUGAAGGAGGAGAAGGCUUCGACUUCAGCGCCGUUCCUAAAAGUCUACGAAUGUACACCAAUGUAACAGACGUUUACCUGCUGGCACAAUACGUCAAGAAAUUCUCGCCCAUUAAGACCGGUAUCGACGGCAGGAUAAGGAUUCUGGCAAGCGGGGCUCCGCACACCGGAACAUCUAUAGUAAUGUUUGUGAUCGUAUUCUCAGUGACAUCAAUAAGACGCUGAGAAAUAAAACUAAACAAUCCUGAAAGCCU